AUGACCAUAAUCUUGGGGCUCCUUUUUGGAGGAAUUUUUGCUGUUGGCUUUGGUACGGAGGCGGAAUGUACACAGAAAAUUACGGUGCGCGUACUGCCAUACCCAUUCACUAAACCACAAACACUCCCACACCACCCAUGCAUAGAUUUCCAACAAAUUCCAGUGACAAACGACUACACCAUCCUCCACAGAGUACAGCUUGCGUACCGUAAUGGCAUUAUAGCUUAUGGUUUCCAAAACACAACACUCUCUGUCAAACAAUACGAAGAGGACAUGGUGAUGUCGCAAUGGCUUUAUGCAAACAUGAAAAAAAUUGAAGGAGCUGAGACUGACAUCAUUAUGAUAGCGCCACCACGACAGAUGACAGACGACGAAGUAAACACGCUCUAUGAAGUUGUUCAGAAAAAGACAAACAACUUUGUCGAGACGCUCUUUGGUGAUGAUUGCUUUAUUCAACUUUAUCUUCAAAGAAGCCAGCGAGAGAAGUUGACAAUCACAAACGACAGACUGAUGCCGUUCUGGCCAGACGAAUCUUACAGAGCCAUGCCUGGAAUGCUCUUCUCUAAAAAGAUGAUUGAAUAUGUCAAUGAGUUCGCGUGGAGUACGUGGUAUGUUAAUAGACAUGACGUCUUAUUCCAGCACUUCUGUGAAGUCGUUCAGAAGCCAAUAUAUGUUUCGCCAAUCAACAUCUUCGGCACCGUCCCACUUUUGUAA